AUGCCGACGACCUCUCCAAUGAGGAUGGCUUCAAGAGGGCCAACGUCGAGGCCAUCUGCGCCACGGGAGAAAGCUCCAAGGCAGCUACAGGCGACGAUACUAUCGGCGAGAAAGGCUUCGGCUUCAAACCCGUCUUUGCCGUUUCCCACGACGUUCAUGUUCAAUCCCUUUUAUGGUCGUUUCGUUUCAAACACCACAAGGGAAGACGGCAUGGGUAUGGUAACUCCAUUUGACGCCCAACUGGUAACUAUCAAAGAGGAUAUGACAACCAAAUUUAUGUUAAGUCUCUCAGACCAGGAAGCAGAAUACAUCAAACUCGAGCAAGAAAUCAGAAGUCUUCCAGAUACGGUAAUCUUCUUCCUAAAACGACUCGAGUGCAUCGAGUUCCGCCUUCAUGACCAGAAUUCUCAUUCUCGAAUCAUCACCAUAACGAAGUCUCAGGUACAUCCUAAAAUGAAGGCUAUUUCUAGAACCGAAAAGCAAGAAUUUGAAGAUGGAAACACAUCCUUUAAGGAGAAGAAGAGUCACUACUACCACUUCACCCACACUAUUCAAGAUAUGCCCAAAGAUAACCAGCGAGUAAACCAAAGCUCAGCCAAAGUUGAGCUUGCAUUUCCAAUUAGCCUGCACAAUGGACCCCAAGUUUCAGAAGAGUGCCAACAUAUUUAUGCGUACCUCCCAAUCUCUCCUAGAAUUCCUCAAUUACAGUUCUUGAUACAAUCCAACUUUAACACAUCUGCAAGCCGAGAGAGUAUUGAUUGCAGCCCCUGGAAUCAAAGACUUCGGCGUGGGGUUGAGGAUGCCUUUUCAAACGCUGUUAGCGAGUUCGCCGCCGACCACGCGUUAAGGCAUUCCUGGAUGGAAUACAUUCCAGGUAAAGGCAUGCAGCAUCUCUGGGAAGGGCUGUACGAAUGGGUCAUCGCCACGUUGGGAGAACGGCUUAUUCUACAGACUCGUCAAGGGAGACGGUUCAAAACACCGCGAGAGCUGCGGAUACUAUCAGACCGCGACUUUCAUAAAGAUGAGCCAAUCUCCCCAGAUCUCCCAGAAGAGCAAUAUCUGGCUCCGGAGUACGAUUCCUUCAAACCCGUUCUAUCUGACCUUGGGGUCCUACCACUCACUAGUAGCGAGACUCUGGGUAGACUUGAAGCAGAUCUGCUCAACCUGAAUUCAAGAACGAAGUAUCGCCAAGCAGACGACCCAUGGCGACUCUCCAAUUCAGAAAAGCAACGAGUCAUGAACAUGGAGAUUAUUCCACUCAACGAUGGCAAGUCAUGGACGAAGGCAAACACCAUAAUUUCUAACGACACUGCGAUAUACUUUCCCUACACCAAGGAUGUGGCAAUUCCAAGUGGGCUCUCCCUAAGGUUGGCUGAACGAAACGCCGCUGAGAAUCCUAAACGUGCCGAGCUUUUCAGAUGCUUGGGCGUGAAAGAUUGUCCUCCGGAUGUGGUACUACAAGAAAUAUCAGACCUACAUCGAAACAGCAAACAGGUUUUGCUUGAAGAUAUACCUUCUCAUUACAGGUAUCUCUUUCGCAAGCAUCCCUCUCCACAUGACUUGAAAUUCCAUCUCCGGGUUCCCGUCACCCCGGCCGUCCAUUGCAGUCCCCAAACCCCGCUAUAUUUCAAAUCCUCGUCAGAGUAUCACUCCCAAAAACUCCUCCCUGAGAGUUACAUCACCAAAUUUAACGAGGAUGCGGCUUUCUUGGAUGAAAGCAUUGCGUCAGACUUGACUAUGGAAAACUUCCUAUCCCCCACCGGGCUGACGUGGAAAGGAUGGAUAGCACAAAUCACUGGCGCAAGAUACUUUCCUCCGCUGUUGCAGCGUCCAGAUAAGGGCAAGUUGUCAUCCACGCUUUUGGCAGUCCUCAAACAUUCCCCACACAAGUUCAUCGGACUUCUUCAAGCCCACUGGUAUUCAGAAUACAGGUCUUCAUUUGCCACCCCUAAGGCAGGCUCUAUGCUUGUAGCCCUCAAGGUUCCUUGCGAAACUGGUGCUAUGCUACCACUGAAUGCCACUUGUUUGCCAACUCCUAAGCUCCGAGCACAAGCGAAACUUUUGGGUAUCGAAGACAGCCUUCACUUUCUCCGAAUGCCAGAAGAUCUGGAAGACUCGAAUUAUGAGAACUGGAGCUUUCUACAGAAAUUAGGAGUUUGCUGCACACCAGGCCUAAGAUUCUACAAAGCAGCUCUGGCAAGAAUGGUCGAUAGAGUUGAUUUGGAUCUGAACACCGUCGCUCAAGUCUAUUUAGGAAUGGUAGACACGGCUCAACAAAAAGACGAGCCGGAGUUAAGGAAAUUCUUCAAGGAAAACCGCGCAAUUUAUUGUCCUACUAAUGUUCCCGAACAAUCCUGCUGGAAGAGCCCAAAUGAGUGCAUUUGGAGAGGUCCCGGCUUCCUUAGUGCCCAGAAGCCUCUGCAGCAGCUCUACGCGAAGUCUCCGGAAUCGACGAGAUUCUUUUCAGGGAUCCUCAAGAUUCCCGACGCCACGGUUGCCUACGUCCUUCAAAAGCUGAAGUUUCAAAGUCAAUCAGGAGACACGCCGUUUAAAGUUGAGCAGGCCGCUGAAAUCUACUGCUUUCUUGAAGUUCAGGGGAAUGUUGAGGUGGCGUGGGAUUUGAUCAGGCGAGAUUUUUUAGACAAGAAGCUCAUCUUCGCAAAUGGCAAUUGGCACACACUGUCGGCUUGUCUUUGGGAGUCCAAGUUCCACCUAUCUGGGUAUCAUCUUUUACACCAUAUCUACCCUGAACUAGAGAGAUUCUUCGUUAAACAUCUCAAAGUGAAAAUAGGAAGUCCACUGUUACUCAUCGAAAAUUUUCAAAGAAUAGCAGAGAAAGGUCACCCGAAUAAGAAUGAGAUCGGGCGUACUCUAAAGCAAAUUGGAAGAAUAUUUCUGGAACCCGACCUUGACGAGACGUCUCUGAGGGCGUUAGAUAAGCUCAAACGCGUGCCUUUUCUACCCCUAGCUGAUGUUGACGGAAAGUCGAAGCUGGUCGGAAUCAAUGACGAAUUCGCUAUUCCUGACCACCCGCGAUAUGCAAAAGCAUUUGAGGGGCAUCUUGUUCUGUUGGACUUUGAAGUCGCGGACGUUCCGGCCUUGGAUUCCCUCUUCAAACACUUUGGACUGACAGGGCGAUAUCUAUCAACCAUGGUAAACGAGACCUCCACCGUAAGCCAAGAUUUCACGGAAGAUGAAUUACGUGGAGACCACUUGAGGAGGAGGGCCUAUGCUCUUUACUGCUGCGCUGCAAAGUUCAAGAGCAAGAUGACACUACGUGACGACACUCAAUUGUUUGAUCAGUUAUCUCACCUUCGAGUCUUCACCACGGAUACGUUUUCCACACAACUCACCCUUCAAUUUCAAGGCAAACCCAUUGAAAUACCGAGCGAUAAGAUCAUUCGCGUUCACCAUGAGAUCCAGGAAGAUGGCCAAUUGAAUCUCUACGUCCCAAGGACGCAACAGGAGUGGAGGAAGUGUUACGAGAACCAAUUACCAGAUCUCAUUGGCAAUAUUAUAGACGCUCCUGAUGCAGCCCAUCGAAUCGCGAUGAUACUUAACAGCAAAUCUCAGGAGCUCGACGACUUGCUCACUGAAUGCGACAUUCCGCAGGUAUCCUGGAUACCGAAGCCCACUUUCGAUUAUGAGACUGCGAAUGAUAUUGAUACUCCCAGAACUGACUUCUGCCCCAAUAUGAACAUCGAUAACAGACUAAACCAUGCAAGAAGGUCGGAUCAAGCUCAGCAGUACGUAGCACCAUCACCUCCUUCUAACAAGCUAUAUGCACAGUUCUUGGAUAAGGUCAUCAAAUACACGCAGCGGAAAACGGAAACGGACCCAUUUGACAUGUCAGGUAUUCGAGACGUUGUCAUGUUUGAAACUGCCAGACUUCGGAAUUUCCAAUUGGAAGAGUACCAUUCGAGGAACCGUAAACAAAGCGCGGAUAUUGUGUAUUUGGACCAGGAUGGAAGCUUGAUGCUGCAUCUCCGGAACUUGUGUACAGGAGGGUUUCCUCAGUUCCCCCAUCACGAGGCUGGAAAUUCCCCUCCUAUCGAGUAUUUCAUUGAGGUUAAGACGACGACCGGGCGCUCGUCGAAAACCUUCUUCAUAGGGCAUGGGCAGUAUGAGCUGAUGGAGAAAUACCAGACUAGGCCAGAGAAGCGGCCGGAGAAAAUCUACGUCCUCAUUCGGGUGUUCAAUCUAACAUCUGGAGAUAUUGGGAUGAAGAUUUUCGUGGACCCUUGGAGAUUUAGGGGUAACAUUCUUCAAUUCCAACAUGAUAAAUGGGAGGUGAAUAUUGAAUAA